AUGAGAUUUUUAAUAGUAUUUCUUGCUUUCUUAGCAUCUGUCCUUGCCUUUCCACUCAAGUCGCCCACCAAGCCCUCUGAUGAUCCCUUCUAUUCUCCACCAGAUGGAUUCGAAAGUGCAAAGUCUGGAGAAGUUUUGAGAUUCCGUAAAAUGGAUAAUUCAUACGGUGCGUUAUAUUUACCUGUUAAUCUUGCUGCAACAUACCAAUACUUGGUGAAAUCUGAGAACUCUUUCGGCGAACCUGUUGCUAUCGUUACUACACUUCUAGUUCCUCACAACUCUGACCCAAAUAAAAUUUUGUCCUAUCAAGUGGCUGAAGAUUCCACUGCCCUCAACUGUGCCCCACUGUAUGCAUUACAAGUUGGCUCUAGUGCAACUACAAUUAUUCUUACUCAAAUUGAAUUUUAUUACAUGCAAGGUGUGUUAAAUGAAGGUUGGAAUUUAGUGGUUCCAGAUUACCUUGGACCAAACGGUGCAAAUUGUGCAGGCUACUUGGGAGGUAAGGCUGUUUUGAACUCUAUUAGAGGUGUCUUAAGCAAAGCUGCUGAUACUGGUAUUAGUAGCUCUGCUGGUGUUUCUCUUUGGGGAUACUCUGGAGGAUCUUCUCCAACAGGUUGGGCUGCCCAAUUACACCCAACCUACGCACCAGAAUUAAACCUUAUUGGAGCUGCGUACGGUGGUAUCAUUGUAAACACUACCAGUGCUACCGUUGGUAAUAUGGGCAAGCUUUCUGCUGGACUUGCCUUUACUACAUUGAACGGUUUAGCAAAUGAAUAUCCAGAGCUUAAUGAUUGGAUUGAGAAGGCUGUGAAGCCAGAAAAGCUUAGUCUUUUCAAAGCUACAAAUAGUGCUUGUUUGAUUCAAUACAUGCCAAUUUACCUUUUGGCUUCUUGGUCGCAAUACUUUGUUGAUGGUGCAAAGGCUAUGUAUGAUGAAGUAUUCCAAAGAAUCUCAGAAAAGAAUAAUAUGUUGUUAACAGGAUUGGUUCCAAAAAUUCCAAUUUAUCUUUACGAUGCCAAAUUUGACGAAUUACUUGAUAGUACAGAUACUGACAAGUUAUAUGAUCAAUUCUGUGCUGGAGGUGUUUCUGUUGAAUACCAUCAAGAUAUUGUCUCUGAGCAUCUUAUUUCUUUUUUUUCUGGGGGUUCUGGUGCCUUCAACUGGUUAAAGGCCCGUCAUAAUGGAGUCCCAGUAGCUAAGAACUGUCAAAAGAAAACUUCCCCUACUGGCCUCCUCAGCCCACAAAAUAUUCUUACACUUGCUAAGUUGAACUUGGAACUUGGAGUCAACAUUUUUGGAAGACCAAUUGGACCUAAUGGCCCUCAAUAA